AUGUCUCGCUUUAUAUUACUUUUCGCAAUUUGCGUCAACUUGAUUGUCUCAGUCGCUUUUGGGUACGGCUGCAAUCAUCGAGACUACGGACAUGGUGCCCAUGUGUGCGUUUGCAGUGAAAAGCUGCACUGUGGUGACUUGAACUUGAAGAUUUCAACCGAGUCAGGCGUGAUCACCUCAUACAGCACCAACAAACAGGGGGCCCGGUUCAUGCAUCGAGAGUAUCGCUUUCUCAAAGAGCUGCCGCCAAGUCAGCACUUCAAUGUCACCGUAGAGGUCAACCAUGGCAGCAAGCAGCAGGCGAUUGUUGGCUUUGGGGGCGCUUUUACUGACGCCGCCGGAAUCAACAUUGCCAAGCUGCCGGUCAAUCUGCAGAAACAGCUGAUCACCGACUACUACGGCAACAAUGGAAUUGAGUACCGACUUGGCCGCAUUCCCAUCGGUGGAUCAGAUUUCAGCACUCGAGCCUACUCAUACGAUGAUCAUGCUGAGGGGGAUGAGUCCUUUAGCAAGUUUGCCCUGCAGCCAGAAGACAAACACUACAAGCUGCCGUACCUAAAAAUGGCUAGUGAAGUCAGCAGUCAUCCGGUAUGCAUUGAACAUUAG